GCGGCGCGCGGCGGCUGACCCGGAUGUUGAUGCGCCCCGCCCCGCCCCGGCGGAAGCAGACGUGGCGGCGGCGCUGCCCGCCGCUGGCAGCUCGGUGUCCGUCUCUCCGUCCUGUCCCUCUCUCCCUCCUGUCCCUGGGGCCGCCGGCCGGCAUGAGCGGGUGCUGGCAGCCGGAGCCCAUCCCCGCCGCCCCGCGGGCGCUGCUCUGCGCCCUCCUGGCAGCGGUAGCGGCAGCGGCGGCGGCGGGCGGCCGCGCUCUCCCUCAGCUCAGCGACGACAUCCCCUUCAGGGUGAACUGGCCCGGCACCGAGUUCAGCCUGCCUACAACUGGUGUCCUGUACAAAGAGGAUAACUACAUUAUAAUGACCACUGUGGACAAAGAAAAAUAUAAAUGUAUACUUCCGCUGAUAGCAAGUGGCAAUGAGGAAGAAGAAAAGGACUAUAAAGGUCCUACUCCAGGAGAAUUGCUGGAACCUCUUUUUAAGCAAAGUAGCUGUUCAUACAGAAUUGAAUCUUACUGGACGUACGAGGUCUGCCACGGAAAACACAUCCGUCAAUACCACGAGGAGAAGGAAACUGGACAGAAAAUAAACAUCCAAGAAUACUAUCUGGGGAAUAUGAUGCUAAAGAACCCAUUAGCAGAACCAGAUCAAGAAGAGAAGGAAAAUCCAAAAGAGAGUGCAAAAGAGAUACCUACAAAAAAUAUAGAAGGGCAGAUGACCCCAUACUAUCCUGUAGAAAUGGGAAACGGCACACCUUGUAGCUUGAGACAAAACCUACCCAGAUCAAGUACAGUGAUGUACAUCUGUCAUCCAGAAGCUAAACAUGAGAUUCUUUCAGUAGCAGAAGUUACAACCUGUGAAUAUGAAGUGGUUAUACUGACACCUUUGUUAUGCAACCAUCCUAAAUACAGGUUCAGGGCUUCCCCUGUGAAUGACAUCUUUUGCCAGUCUCUGCCAGGAUCCCCACUUAAACCCCAUAAUCUGGAACAGCUGGAGAAACAGCAAGAAUUGAUGAAGAUUCCUUUUCGAAGGGUUAAGGAGGAAGAAAUGCAUUCAACGAAAGAAGAGAAAUUUUCUUCCAUUCAUAAGCCCGUUGCUGUUGGAAGCCAUCAACUAUUAACUGUGGGAACAACCCACAUUUCCAAACUGACCGAUGACCAGCUCAUAAAGGAGUUUCUUAGUGGUUCCUACUGCUUCCAUGGGGGCGUUGGUUGGUGGAAGUAUGAAUUCUGCUACGGCAAAUAUGUUCAUCAGUAUCAUGAGGAUAAGGAAAGUGGCAGGACUUCCGUGGUUGUGGGUACCUGGAGCAGGGAGGAACACAUUGAGUGGUCCAGGAAGAACGCUGCCAGAACCUACUAUCUCAGAGAAGACGGCACGCAGACAGUUAGGAUGGUGUCUCAUUUCUAUGGAAAUGGAGAUGUUUGUGACUUGACAGACAAGCCAAGGCAGGUGACGGUGAAGUUGAAAUGUAAAGAAUCUGAUUCCCCUCAUGCUGUGACCAUAUACAUGUUAGAGCCUCAUUCUUGCCAAUACAUCCUCGGGGUGGAGUCUCCAGUCAUCUGUAAAAUUCUGGAUACAGCAGAUGAACACGGGCUCCUUUCAGUGCCCAGCUGAAGUCUAGAAAAGCCCGCGAAGCGAGCCAUAUCUGUCACCGACCCUGCUGGCGUUUUCCACGUUUUCCAGAUCCCGCCUGUGAGACGACAACUGCAGAGAGCAGCUUUCAGCCAACCAACCUCACCAGCAGAGUUCUCUACGAUGAGGGACUUGUGAACCACUUUGUGUAUAACUAUGUGUAUAUAAGAGGUUAUUGAUAAACUUUUAAUGAUUAAAAUCUUGUCUUGCA